GCACAGAGAACCUGUCUGUUCCAGCGAGUCACGUGAUGUCGAUGAUCGGCCACGCCUCGUUCCACUAUUCUACCUGUCCGUGUGCUGCCUUAGAGAUCGAUUCAUUUACCUUUUUCCCGUUUCUCUCACUCGUUCCUCUUUUGCUUGUCUAUGGGUUUCCAUCUGAUGCGCCUCACAAACCGGAUGCCUCUCCGCAUGCCAGUGACAUGGUGUGCCAUCCUUGUCCAGUAGUUGCUUCAUUCCUUUGGUCCAAUCGUUUACUCGCCACCUUCAUUUGUGAUAUCAUUCAGCCAAAGACAAGUGCACGAAAAUCGUCUCUAUUGCUGAAGGUGGACAAUCGGUGGAUGGAAAUGGGUCCGUCAUGAGUCCGUUCAUUCUCCUACUAUUUCGAGUCGGAUUGGUGGCCGUCGGCUGGUUCGCCGCAGAAUCCGCUCCCGUUUUGCCGUCUUCGUUGGAUGUUGAAUUGGUGGACAUUGUAGCUGUCGAUGGCGAUGAAAUUGUACAAAGUUCUAUGAUCACACCAUUCCCGUCUGGCAACGGCGUGGGUGGCUUACUGCCGGAUGAGCCCAACUUUUUCUGGAGUGGCUCUGGUGAUGAUCCCGAUGCUGGAAUGACAUACUGGAUCACUACAACAAUAUACAAAACAGCCGUCGUGACCAUGACUCCAUCAACGCCCAAACCAACAAUCGCCACCACAUCUCCUAGCAUUACCCCAACUCCACCUAUGAAAGAAGCAUCAAGUCCACCCAUCACUUGGCCAGUCGAAGCGUUUCAACCGCGCAAUUGGAUCAGGACAAUCAUUCGUUCAGAUAUGAAUGAAACCUCGCCCCGAUUUCAUCAGCUGAUCCAGUCGAGGCUUGGCAGGAUGUACUCCGACCUCCUCCAACAACGUAAUGUCACAAACGUCAUAGGGAUUGGGGUACCGCUAGCGCACGUCAUCAUCCAUAAUAUCACUCGACGAUCGGGGGACAUUGACGUCAUCUAUUCGUUAUCGACUUGGCAUCAUCAAAUACCAAUGGAUGGAUCCAUUACUAGUCGCCUAGUCGAACCUUAUUUGGCGGUGGCAGCCGUGCGGAGAGUCGACGUCACGCGUCAGUUAUGUCACAGGCCGGCAAAUGACACCCAGGAAGUGAGCCUGUGCCUGUCCGUUGUCAACCAAGCCGAACCUUUCUCGCGAGCAGAAGAGACGAGCGUAGCCACGAGGGCUGGCACGGGUUAUCAAUACUGGAUCGUUGGAAUCGUCGUUGGUGUCCUUUUGAUUGUCAUCGUCAUCGUUGUGUUCAUCUAUUUGAAUGGUCGUAAAAGGGACACGAAGAGAAAUAAUAAAAGAGAUGUGGCCGUCGGCGAGUCUUCUCCUCACGUGCUACAAUCGGAACCUGUUCGCGAUAGUCGAAGUAAAGCCGCCAGGAUAUCGAAGAAUAUCGUUUCAAAACUGGUGGCAAAAGACUCCACGGAAGUAGAAGAGGAUCCUGACCCGUGGGUGCGGAAGGCACGCAGUACGUCGAAGAAACAACUUAAACACAAAUUGCGGCCUCAGACUGCGCCAGAAAGAAAUGCGCAUCGCCAGAGUUCUAGCAGCCUUUCGGCCAUUUUAUCCGGAUCGACAUCGUCCACGUCGAGCAGUCUUGACCGAAUGGAAUAUCGUCUAUCCCGAGAAGAACCCAUCCAGCCAAGUCGGGGAACCCGUCGUCUAAAACGGAAAAGAACGGUCAAAGCGGAUGUUUUAUCACCGGAGAGGGCAAAGGCUAAGGAAAAACUAAAAACGACGGACACGUCCAUUUUAAAAACGAGUCGUCGGAUUAUGACGUCGGUUGAAAUGGAAACUCAGGAAGUGGUGGCCGAUUUCAGCGACUACCCAGACACUCCCGACGAUGUGUCUCACGAGGUUGAAUUGAUUCUUACGACAGACGAUCUUGGAUGGCAACCGGGCAGUCUCAUUCCAUCGUGCGUGACGGCCGGUGUUUUUGGUUCUAGGAAAAUAUCGUCAGCACCUGUCGUACUUGAAAGUGCUGGACAUGCUGAAGAAGAUGGGCGGCAUUUUAUGAGGCCUAAACGGGCGUGGUCAACGCCAGAUCACGUGCAACUCAAUGGGCAAUCAAAGAAUGUCGAAAACGUCAUCGUUCCAGUUCAUUACGAAUCGUCGAACAUUGUGAGUUCGGACGACCAUUCGAUUCCAGGACGGCAACAAGCGACUCAUUUAAAACAUCCAGCACUUCAUAUCCAUUCCAUAUCGUAUCCUACUUGGCCGAGCUUAAGUGACACUGAUCCUGCCAUCGAAUUAAUUCGCACAAUCAAAGACGAGUUGAAAAAAUUCGAUCCCAAAGUUUCUUAGAUUCAAUUGAUACGUCGUUUCGUGUUCAAAACAAGUCGUGACAAAAGGUCCCUUUCCGACCAAUUCAUUUGUUUCUUCUGCGGUAACAAUUGUGGAAUAUGAGUGUGUGUCAAAUAACGUUUGCACUGUACAUUGUAUGAUGAGCAUUUGAUGGGGAAUUUGAUUUUAUUGUUCGAGCGUUACUGUACAAACCUGCAAAAUCUCUUUUUGUAGCGUAUUUCUAUUCUUCUACCUGUCCCCUUGUUGUUCCCGAUUCACUGUCAUUCUUUUCCUAUCAAUUAAAUCGAUUUUCAUCAUCCAGAA